CUUCAGGCUCCAAUGCAGCUCCUAAUUAAUGAUGAGGAUGAGGAGCGAGGGGCUCUGGGGUAUGUUCAAGCAGGAGCUGUGCGUGCUGUUGCCAGCCACGGACGCGAACGCCAAGCAGGUCAAUCGCGCGCAGGCAACCGUCGCCACCUGGGCCAAACCGUACCUCUUCGGCCGGAGGCGCCGCGGCGAGAGCGCGGUGGCCGUGCUAUACAGCCGCGAGCCGCUGGCGCCCGCCUGGGAGGACGCGACGCUGUCGCUGCCGGGCGACGUGGACCUGCGGCACCCGAAGCUCCUCCUUCCCAGGGCGAGUCGUGGGCGACAAACAUACCCGUAUCCGCGGCCUCGCGGGCCGCGCCCCUGGGCCUCGACCCCGCGAAUGCGAGGUGUCUUUUCGCGGAUGCCCCGCGCAGAGCGCAGCCGUGCGACCGCGUAUCUGUGGGAUCGUGCCCCCGAGUCCAGACCGCGAGGGCGCAGAUGCAGCUAUGUGCGCCACUCGUGA